AUGACAUUUAUAUUUUUGUUUGUUGGUUUUUUGAGUAUCAUACUUCCUUACAUAAUACUUUGUUCAACUGAAAAGCCUAAAACAAAUGCUCCAAAAAUUCUUAAAAAAGAAGAAGCCCAAAUAAAACAUGAUAUAAAUAAUUUGAAAAAAGUUGAAAACAAUGAUAACAUAAAUGUUAUAGAUAAACCAGAAAUUGUAGAAGAAAAGGAAAAUAAUCAAAAUGUUUUACCGAAGCCAUUUGAUAUGCCAUCAUUCGUACCAAGUGACACAUACAAGAAUCAGUUGAAAGAAAAUGACUAUGAAAUGAUAGUUAUUAAAGGUUAA